AUGGGUGAGCUGAAGACCGAUUUGAACGCGGCGCUUCUCGCCGUCAAACUCAAAUGCGUCGAUUUGAACGAGCGACUCGAACGCGACGAUCGCAAUUUGCAGACUCGAUUCAAUGGCCAUCUUCACGUGAAACGCUACAUUUACGCGUUGACCGUCCGAAAGAAUCAGCAUGCGCUUCAUCGAAGGGGACGAUCGCUGACAAGGGUUUACAUGGAGCAGAAGUACUAUCGAUCGAAAUCGGUUCCCGCUGGUGAUCAAGUCGAUCGUUUGGAGGAUAUGACACAGGAUUACACAGCGACCGGUGAGGAGCUUCUCGAGUACAUUGAGACCGUCGACGCGCCGCUCGAGUUGCUCAAAAAAGAGGAUCGCACGCAUUGCGACAUUGUGAAGCGUCGAUUGCCGGCCGGACACGCCGAAUGGGAUCACGAGUUGACGGUGGCCGAAGAGGACGGUUUGAGCGGACGACUCGAGGAUCGCACGAUCACACUGAAUGCCGGCGAUCAUCCGUACGGUCUGAAUCAAUUGAGCGAGGUGUCGGAGAAGCUCGCGCGCAACAUCAGCGCGUUCUUCGGCGAUCGCGAUGAGAUACGCGUCAACGAGAUCGCCGGCAUGUCGGUGAAGCCGACGUACGACGAUCACGACGGAUUCCAGAUGAAUCGAUCGAAAUCGUUGUCGUCGGUGGCCGUCGAGACGCAAGAGGUUCCGCGUCUCAACACGCAAACCAAAUCGCAGAACGAGUUGUUCCACGUCGAACACCAACAAGACUACAAUUCGAGAUACGGUAUCUACUCGGCGGGUUACGGUAGGUAUGGCGAACACAUCUAUGCGCAGCCGGCCGUCCCGACGACGACGACGAGGACGGAUAACUACACCACCUAUAAAAGGAAAUAUGAUUUUAAGACGACGAAACCACCUGAGGUUGAACUACCGCCGGGCUAUCAUUCGUAUUAUAAUCCGUCGAAUCAGAUGUCCUACAAUCCCUACUCGUUCUAUAGCGGCAACAUCAUUAGGCCGCUGCAUUACUCGUACAGCUCUAAGGACACUUUUGAGAGGUACUCGGAUUAUAUGGGAACGCCGAAACGCGUGGUGAGCCCGUAUCCGGAGCCCGAGCCGGUGCCGGAGCCCGAGCCGGUGCCGGAGCCCGAGCCGGUGCCGGAGCCCGAGCCGGUGCCGGAGCCCGAACUUGUUCCGGAGCCCGAGCCGAUUUUCGUCCGCAAAUCGCCAUCGCCACCUCCGGCUCCACCAACACCGGUGCUCGAUUUGAUGGAUGACAUCGCAUACCAUCCGAUUCACGUUGAACCCCAUCCCGACUACUAUGACGCUUAUGAGGUGCAGGAAGUUGUGACGAAUCUGAGCGAAGAGGAAUUCGAUCCGGAGCCCUAUUACGAUGCGCUCUAUAGAACAAACGAUUUGGAGUAUAGUCCACUUCAUGGCUAUGAGCAUCAUUGGUACGAUCAGCUACCCGAGCCCGAGCCGAUUGUCGAGCUUGAACCAGAACCCGUGCCGAUUGUCGAACCGGAGCCGGUCUAUGAGGAAGUCUAUGAUCCCUACCACGACUAUCCGACGAACGUCCUUCUGAUGCACGAUUACGAUCGGUUGUAUAAGACGAACGACAUUCCGCACAUUGAGUACGCACCUGAAGCGCCGCCGAUUCACACGCUGCCGAUACCGCAGCCGAGAACGCCACCGCCGCCGCCGCAGCCGAUCUACGACGACAUCUACGUCGGGCAGGAAGCGUUGGCGAUCUCGGUGUCGCCGACGUUCGGCAAAUCGACGGAUCAAAACAAUUUGGGUUUGGAUCGAAGCGUUCACGAUCGCGUCAAAGAGCUCGAGGAGGCGCUGAGAGGCGAACGCGAGGCGCGACGACUCGCCGAGGAGAAGGAGAGGAAGAUGCGCGAGCUUCAAGAGGAGAUACGCAAUAGUCGCGUCGACGAGUCGACGCACUACGACGCCUAUGCGGACGUCGAGCCGACGACGAUCGUCGAGCCGCAGCCGAUCAAGGUGCCCGACGUGUUCGUGGCGCCGACGAAUGUCGAGCCGGCGCCGGUGAAGCCGGCACGGAAAUGGGUGCCACCGCCGCCGGUGCCCGACUAUGACAUCCCUCAUCGAGACGUAUCGCCACUGGGUCCCGUCGUGUUCCAUGAGCUCCUCCUUCAGAACGGCUAUCUGAGGAAGAGGUACCAAGAAGAGCAGCAGCUGAGUCGAUCGCGACCGGUGAGUCGUCCGGUGAGCCGCGCCAACAGUCGCCCAUCGACACCGGGUCCCACUCAGCGGACCAUCGACAUCCCGCGAAUCAAUCAAGUCGAUUUGUCGAACGACUAUGAGGCGAUAAACUAUGUGACGGAUCGCAUCAGCCAGUACAACGCCUAUCGGCUCGAUGACGAUCAGACGGAAGCGGACAAUGUCGAGCAUUCUCAUCGGAGAAACAUUGUCUAUGAUGAGCCGCACGAGGUUCAGUACGACGUUCCGCCGAUCGUUCCAACUCGUCAUAGCUCGUCGUCGGCCUCGUCGGUGCAGACGGUCAUUCAUCGGCCUUCCACUGGCAUCCAACGAGACAACGUUCCAGCUCCAUUGGUCAUCGAGCAGAGCAGCUUCCUGAACGAGGGUCACGUCAAAGAGCUCGCCAAGAAGUUCAACCGGCCCGACUCGAAGCCCCUUUCGACCGAGCAGAUCAUCUAUCGGAUUCGUGAGGCUCACUUCACCACCGAGCAGAUGAGUUCGCCGAAGCCGCGCGAAUCACUUCGACGCGUUCCACUCGACGAGGUCGAACUCUACGAGACGGACCAUUACACGAAAAUUGACGAUGAGCCGACCGUCAGGGUCCGACGCGUCUACAAAGCGGUGCCAGACACCGCCACUUCGAUGCUCUCACCAAUUUCCAUCGAUGAGGGCGUCUCCUCUUAG